CCUUCAUGGUUAUAAGUUACCAAUUCGUAGGUUUAUCUCAAAGAAAAGUGAAAGAUUUUUGUUGUUUUUCAUUCGUAUUUGUUGUAAUAAGUGUUUUGAUUUUUUAUGCGUCUCUUAUAAAUACUGUUGAUGAAGUUGAAUGUCAGAUAGUGAUUUCGAAGAAUCCAUUAAUGAGUAUACGUCUUUAAUGGAUGUUUUGGUGAACGAAGUAAUGCCGGACAGAGGCGGCAUAGGCCGGGUAGAUGGUGACCACGGUCAAACCAGUGACAGGGACCGGGAAAGGAACAACCCGGUCGAAAACCAGGAACAGCGAGUCGCCCCGGAUCAGAGGGAAUGGGACGACGAAGAAGAGCUUAAAUACGGGGCCGAACACGUUAUUAAGCUCUACGUGCCCGUAUCGCUCUGCUUAUUGGUCGUCGUAGCUACAAUGAACAACGUCGGGUUCUACAAGAAAAAAGACAUAUAUCUCAUAUACACACCGUUCCAUGAAAGCUCUCAAGAGACAGGCACCAAAAUUUGGAACGCUCUUGCGAAUGCCAUCAUCCUGUUGGCAGUCGUCGCUGUCAUGACCGUCAUACUCAUAUCGCUGUACAAGUACCGAUGCUAUAAGAUCAUCCACGGCUGGCUUAUAGUCUCUUCACUCAUACUUCUUUCGAUUUUUUCAUACGUCUAUCUCAUUGAAAUCCUGAGGGCGAACAACAUCGCAUUUGACUUCAUAACUUUGGGUUUUAUCAUACUGAAUUUUGGUACGAUGGGAAUGAUAUGCAUACACUGGAAGGGCCCUCUGAGAGUGCAACAGGCCUACUUGAUAUUUUUAGCUGCUUUGAUGGCCCUUAUAUUCAUAAAGUAUCUGCCAGAAUGGACUACUUGGGCCGUAUUGACGGUGAUAUCUCUUUGGGACCUUUUUGCUGUACUCACGCCCAAAGGCCCGUUGAGAAUCUUGGUCGAAACCGCACAGGAACGUAAUGAACAGAUAUUUCCCGCUUUGAUCUACUCGUCAACAGUCAUUUACAGCAUGGUCAUGGCUUCUCCCGAAGAAGGCGGCUUUACGAGGUCCUGGGCAGACGGAAUCGACUCGAGGAACGAGGCGCGCAGGCAGAAUCAGCAGAACCUCCCGGAUGUGCGCGUGGUCGUCCCCCAGUACAGAGUGGAGGAGGAGGACGUCGAAAGGGGCGUCAAACUCGGCCUAGGCGACUUCAUAUUCUACAGCGUACUCGUCGGGAAAGCUUCUUCCUAUGGUGACUGGAACACGACGCUCGCCUGUUUCGUCGCGAUUCUGAUCGGAUUGACCCUCACACUCUUGCUCUUGGCCAUUUUCAAAAAGGCCCUACCAGCCUUACCCAUAUCCAUAGCUUUUGGGCUUAUAUUUUACUUUGCGACUACAGGGAUCAUACAGCCAUUUUCUGAUCUGCUAUUGAAAACGCAAAUUUUUAUUUAAUAUGCUUUUAUCCCAUUUGUAAUCUAAUCCAAAAUUGACUCUUAAUACUUAAAAUAGCUUAAUUUUUAAUACUCCAAUAUAUUUUACACAUUUGUACCAAAAAUUUUAAAUAAAUCUUUUUGUUUAUAAUUUUAAGUUUAAAAGAGAUUGCCUGUAAAUUGUAAAACCUUGUUCUAUCAUUCCUUAGAAACCUAACAGUUAUUUUUAUAAUAUCCAAGUGUUUUCUUUUUGUGUUCUGAUCUCUU